AGUGUGUGUGUAUAGAUGUAUAAAUAUGAACAUAUUCUUAUAACGCCAAACAAGGUUUUAAGUUGUAAGAUUUAUUUUCCGGUGGGUGGCAGUACUGUUCAAGUUAUUCUAGACACGUCAAAAAAGAAAGAGGAAGACUUUUCACGCACAUUUGUCCAACCAGGUAGAGAUCCUGUGUCCGCGUCAUGCGCUCCAGUGCCUCUCCAAGGUAACGUGGAACAACCCGUCUGGGUGGAGAGAUGGACCCUGACGUGUCCGUGCUGCUGGAGUGUGCGGUCUGGCGUGGACUUGCGGAGGCCGAGGUCCAAGUGGAGGUGUCGGAGAGCUUCAACAGACAAACAGAUGCUGCGCUAGAGAGCCACAUAGAAGAGGUGUGGGCAAAACGUGUCACCAGGGAGCCCUGGCUUUUCAACGGUUCCAAGUUCAGACUGCACUCAUUUACCUUCGACUCCUCCAAGUUUCCCCCCUCCCAAACCGGUUGUCAGUUUACCAAACAUCUCCCAUGCGUGCCUCCAAAGCAACGCCAACCAACGACCGAUGGGUGUGACAGGGGUGAAGAAGAGCGCCGAUGUCCCGAAGGGGAAGGUGCCUUUAAUCCCACGCCUCAGUGUACUGACGGCCGUCGCUAUCAACAAGGAAAUGGAGACUGUGACCAUCCAGCCUUCGGCUGUUUGGCCGGUGUAGACCCAGGCUGUGGCCCCGGGGUCCGGGGCUCUACACGAGCAGAGGCCGGUCCUCGCCUGACCCUGCGGCUGGGCCUGACGUCCUACAAGGACUUCCUGGGCACCAACUGGUCCGAGCGAGCCGGGGCUCUGCGGCAGCGAGGAGAGACGGAGCUGAAUGAUCCGUGCGGCCUGUUGGCCCAGCCCCUGGGGGUGGGCGGGGUCCUGUGCACCAGCGACGGGAAGGUGGUGCUGAUCAGGAGGAGCCAGCGGGUCGCGGAGGCCGGGGGGCUGCUGGACAUCCCAGGGGGGCACCCGGAGCCACAGGCAGUGUGCCCCUGUGUGAGCGAUGGUGUGAGUCAGGAUCCAAUCAGCAUUGCCGUGGUGCAGCGGAGCCCCAAGGCGGUCGUCUCCGAGAUCUUCAGCUCCGUUUGUGCCGAGAUCAGAGACGAGGUCAACGUGCCGCUGGGUUCCCUGGGAGGGCCCGUGUUGAUGGGCGUAGCGCUGAACCACACCAGCGCAGGCAGACCCAGCGCAGAGUUCUACGUCAGCUGUUCCUUGACCUCAGAGGAAGUGAGGGAGUUGUAUUGGAGAGGUGGAGCGGAGGCCAAUGAGUCCACAGACAUCGUGUUCCUCAGCACAAAGGUAAGGGAUCGUAUUCAUCACUCACAGAUCAUAGUAACGUGCCAACCAUUUGUACAGACAGAAAAUGGCCCAUUGCAGAAUCCCUCCGUAUGCUUUUAUAAAAUGUGCUCCUUCUUCAUUGUAUUAUCCUUGUGUAACAAUGCAGGAGCUGUUGCAGUUGGACAGCUCCAGGCCCCUGUGGUCAGAGCUUUGUCCUUCGGCCAAGGGAGCUGUCCUGCUCUAUCAACUCGUCAGGCCUGACGCAUCUAUCGGGCCGGAGCAGACGAGCUCAGACCAACAAAAGCACGACGAAAAAGAAUGAUGUUCAUCUGCCAAAUGUUAUGGUUUUAAUACUUUUUGGGCUUUUCUCUUUUUACAUACAAAGAUCUGUACAAUUUCUUACUAAUGAAAUACAUUUUAAAAAUUGCACUGUUUUAAAGAAUAAAAAUCUACUAAUUGAUUUGUUUUUAGAAUAGCUAUACAGAAAACCUUCACAUGACUUUAUGCAAAUCAAGCUAGAAAUAAAAAAAGUCAGAGCAGGUAGUGUGCACAGGCAAUCUCUUAAAGACAUUGGAUCAAUACUAUUAAAAUCUUAAAAAUAUUAAAGUACGCACUGUAGAUUUAAAACCCCGAAAAACUCAGUCAGCCUCAACCAGCUACCAUCUGCUUGCAACAUCCCUGCCGUGAAUCCAGUGGACUUAGUGUGUUUGGGGGGGGGGGGGGGUUACCAGUGACCCUGGUAACCGCUGUAGCCAACAGCUGUGUUGUAGUAAGAUCCAUGGCCUGGAUGGCUGGAGUUCCA